AUGAUGCUAAGACUGGCAGGGCUCACUGACGAUGUCGGCGAAACGUCUUUGAUUGUACCAAGUCUAAGGUCCGACUCUGAAAAUAAUCAUGCAUUCUAUGAAUUCCGGAUGAGGUGCGUUCCUAUAGAUCCUUUAUCGUAUGACCAUUACUCUGGUAUCAACCACGGCACUUUUGUUCCUCAUUCUCCUCAUAAAUCUGCCAAAACCUUCCCAGACAUGAUUCAAUAUGGAGUUCAAGAUAUUACGAGUAAGACUCCCGAUUUAAUUCAAUCGAAAUCCAUUUCCGGCAGUAAGGUUCCGCUAUCUACUACAAUUGAUUCUGUGGAUCCAAUCGCCAAAUGUACUUCAUCCGAGAUGAUCAGCCAUAUCAAAGUCGAAAACAGCCAUGAUCGGUUUAUCACAUUUUUACGUGAAUACUUGCCCACUGGAAGCCAUUUGCUGAAUCCCGAAACUGACGAUUGGCUGACCUACUUGGCUAGUGCUCAUCGGGCUGUAGUAGUUCGCCAAAAGGCCUGCAGUGUUUGGCAAUUACAUUAUUCACUUGAUCAGCCAGCACUAGAAAAAAUAGACAGCCUCCACUCCGUUACCAAGGCCGAAGUUCCAUCCAACAGAGAGUGCGUAGAGUCCAGGUCAACAAGUGUUGAAGUCUCGCAAAGUCUAAUCGGCUCAAGGACUUCGUUGCUGGUGAGCAACGGGGAUGGCAGAGGUGAUUAUCAUGAUACCGAUGUCGACAGAAAUGAUGGGAUUGAAGACUGCGCGAGAAACAAUAACUCUGGUCUAUUAAUUGUUUGA